AUGAAGCUUGACAUUUACCGUAAGGUGCCACAAGAUUUGACAGAACCGACGACUUCCGGCGCAAUAAUUUCGCUAGUAUGUGUCCUGGUGAUAAUCAGCUUAUUGGUGGUCGAGCUGAAACACUUCAUGGCAUUAGAAAUCGUGAGUGAGCUUUUCGUUGAAUCAGGCGAUUCCGGUCAUGAUCGAAUCCUCGUUUUGCUAAACAUUUCUCUUUUGAGACUUGAUUGUGAAGUGACUGGCCUUGACAUUCAAGAUUCGAAUGGACGGCACGAAGUCGGCUUCAUUGAAAAUACACUAAAACUUCCAAUCAAUAAUGGGGCCGGCUGCCGAUUGGAGACUCAGUUUUAUAUUAAUAAAGUACCUGGAAACUUUCACGUAUCAACGCACUCUGCUAAGCGGCAGCCAAGCGCCGUUGAUAUGGCUCAUGUGAUACACUGCCUCAAGUUUGGCGAUGACCUACCAGAAAUGCAGACUUUAGGUGGUUUUCAAACGCUAAACGAAAAGGAUAAUUCUGCAAGUUCAAACUUGGAAUCUCACGAGUAUCACUUGAAAAUUGUUCCAUCCAUUUUCGAAUGUACACGCCAGUAUCUUUUGGAAACCACAUUGCUGCUAUUUGGUUUAGGCGAGUAA